AUGGACACAGCGAGUGAGAGUCGGAUAAUCAUUCCCCGCUUGAAGCCAUCUUGCACACAGUGCCAGCGCUCAAAGAAACGGUGUGACCGAGGAAAGCCACGCUGCUCUGCAUGUAUGCGAUACGGAAGAGAAUGCAUUUACAUCUUGAGAGACGACUCAUUGUCAUUAUCCAGCGUGGAAAGCACACCCGUGUCACCAGUGAAAACUACCCAAGAGAGUGAAGAAAGCUUUCAUGCGGUGUUCUUCCUCGACUCUGUUCUGUUUCGGCGCUCAAUGAAUCGACUGCCUGAGCUAGAACUCAGUUUCCAAGACUCAUUACUAAACUAUAUUGGAGACAUUACAUCCGACAGAGAUUUUGUCCACUCGUACUUUUCAACUAUUCAUCCAUCGAUGCCAUUUUUAUCAAAGAAGAAGUUUACGGAGAGGAUAUUAAAUCCAUUGAGUCCUCCACGAUCAGCGAGCACACUUCUCAUUGCUACAAUGAAGCUGCUAGCCGAUCAGCUUCCAGAGCAGGGACCACGAUGUAAAGCUUAUUACUUAAUCAAAAACAGCCUCUUGGAAGCGGAGAGCUCAUGUAGUCUGGAACUGCGCGUACUGCAAGCUAUUAUCUCCAUGGCCAUAUUUGAGCUUGGGCAUGCUAUUUAUCCGGCCGCAUAUCUCACUGUUGGCUACUGCGUACGAUACGGAAGUGCCCUAGGCCUCCAUAAAGCGGUGGAACACUAUUACGAAGAAGGCUUCAGCAUUACUGAGUCAGAGGAGCGACGAAGAAGCUGGUGGGCUAUUCUCGUCUUAGAUCGUUUUAUAAAUCUAGGAUGUGCCGAUAGAGCAUUUCUUAUGACAGACCCAAGUAGUAACAGUAUACUUCCCAUUGACGACGCAAUAUGGGAGGAGAAUAGAGAGAUAAAUGCCCCAGUACGCAGGUUAUUUGAGCCACCGACAACGGCAAUGGGUCGUUUCUCACUAACUGCGCAAUCCGCGAUCCUGUUGGGAAGGGUCUUUCGUAGUAUACAUGAGCCUCCCUUUUCCGAGGCAUUCUGGCAAAACGAUGUUAAAGUACUGGAUAGCACGCUGGUCGCACUGACGAGCGUUUCAAUAGAGGAGGGCCGCUUUCGUGGGAUUGGAGUUUGUAGCCCCUCUACUAUCUGCUAUAGAUAUGCUGUAGAUGAGUUUCCAUUUGCCGCAACAGAGACCUUUAUACCCCAAGACUUCAAACGAGAUAUUGCAAAUGGUAUGCUUCAAUUGGCUGAUGCUAUAACCUCAGGUGAUUGCACUGCCGAUGAGAUUACUCCAUUUUGUAUUGAAGCAAUAUACAGAUCAGCGGUAUUUUUUGGACGGGAGCAUUCUCGGACAGGCAGUUUGAGCGAGGCAACCUCGUGUGCAGCUGUUAAAGAAGCUCUCAAUGUGAUAGGCAAGAGGUGGAAAGGUGCUUCGUUGUAUGCUCAAAUGAUCGAUGCACGAGUUGUCACUGGCAUUUUAUAA